CUAAUUGUAGCGGGAUUCGAAGGUGAACUUUGGUGUCACAUUGUAAAAAUUUCAUAUCAAAAUCCUUAGCAUAAUCAAUCAUUCAACUUCAAUUUAUUUUGUCCAUUCAAAUAAAUUUAUUCAACCGUCAAAAUAUUUACAAUUAUAUUUUUAUAUGAUUUUGUCAUUGCCAUCUCGAUCAUACUGUUAACUGUUCCAAGGAGGAUAAUAAACUGUUCUAAUACUCUGUUACAGAAUGUAGUAUCUGUUCCAUUUUUAAAUUAUCACUAUAGAAGUACUGUUUUGAUUUGAAUAAAUUAUUAUUAUACAAGCUUUACUAACUGAUCUUCACCUUCCAGUCUUAUGUUUUGUUAAGACUUUAUUAUGAGUUCAAAAUGUAAUUAUAUUUAGUAUACUGUUGAGUGUUUUUUGAAUGUGAUAAUUGAGUUUCUUAUCUAAAAUAUUUAAAAGUGAAUCUCAAUAUAGAACUAUCUUUUUGCAAAUAUUUCUGUAAUAGCCGGUCUUGAGCUGUUCUUGAAGAAUGAAGUGCAAGAAUAUUCCGGCUGAGUUCCAUCGUGAAAGAGUUGGCGUUGCAUCUAGUGCAGAUGCUCGAUUCACCCAUAACAAGAUCGAAGGUUGGUGUGGACUCGAAAUCUGGGCGCAAAAUACAAGAUGUGGAUUGUGUUCCUGAGGCAGUUAAGCACAACCAACACAUCAUUUUACACUUGGGUACAAACAAUUUGUCAGAUGGAGAUGCACCUAGCACUAUUGCCGGACGCUUUGAGAAAUUGAUCGAUGACAUCAGACGUGUGAAUCCCGAUAGUAGUAUCUACGUGUCAUCAAUUCUUCCUCGAGCAGUGAGUGGCUUUUCGGGGUCGAAAAUGUCUGCUGAGAACAUUGUUUUUCUCAAUGAGAAAGCGAGAAGGACCAAUUAUCUCGUCACACUUGCUAUUUCAAGAAUCGAACGCUGUCACGUCAUCAACAACAACUCACUUUUCAUGGACUCGUUGAAUGUUGUGAAAACAGGUCUCCUUUCCAAAGACGGGCUCCACCUACAAAGAGCAGGGAUCAUCGCUUUAAUAGUUGAACUGGUUUGUCGCCGCUUCAACGGAACUUGCUAUUAUACCACACAACCAAGAACAUCACCAUCUAUUUCACUUGACUAUUCCGUAUGGAUUGGUGAUUUAUACACUUUGACUGUUCUGUACUGUAUGGAAUUUGAGUAUUCAUAAGAAUGACUUGUCUUAUACUCCCUGCUGAAGUCUCCAAGACGAAAUCUUAAAAAAAAUCUAGUCUAUACACCAGGCUUCAUCAUAGAUUACUUCUGCUCAGACUUGGAUUACCAUGCUAUAAUAAGUCAAUUGAUAACAUCUCCGAUAUGUCAAUAAUCCUCAUUUUAUAGUAAACCCUUGAGAUUGAAGUGCUAGAUGAAUUACUUGAAAAGGUGACGGUCAACCCGAAUUUAUGUUUCUUGAAUUAUCUUUGUCCGGUUGUGAAUCACCCAGAAUUAUGCAUGGGUUUUUGCCAGAUCAAUGCGAAUGAAGUUUACCAUAAAAAUAUUUUAAGGGACGGUUUCCGAGCUCGGGAUUUAGCUAAGUUCUAGACUUUAAACAGCUGGAGUCAGAAAACUGGCUUUCCGAAACGGGGCCUCGUCGUAGUCCACGUUUAAAUUAA